AUGUUGAAGACGUCACUGCUUGGAAAGGACUUCAACAGUGCGCCCAGCAACUUGGACGAUGGGUCCAAGUCACUCUUAGAGAGUAGGAGCGGUGUUGCUUCGCAGAAUGUCUAUCCUGCUGAGGAAGCCAAUGGAUUAUCGAUCAUGCAAACAUUGAUCCAUUUAUUGAAAUGCAACAUUGGCACAGGGCUCCUAGGGCUUCCCUUGGCCAUGAAAAAUGCCGGCUUAUUGGUGGGUCCUAUCAGCCUGCUGGCCAUCGGGAUCCUCACCGUGCACUGCAUGGUCAUCCUGUUGAACUGUGCCCAUCACCUUGGUCAGAGACUGCAAAAGACUUUCGUGAACUAUGGAGAGGCCAUGAUGUACAGCCUGGAAACCUGCCCAAACGCCUGGCUGAGGACCCACUCCGUGUGGGGAAGGUACACUGUCAGCUUCUUAUUAAUCACCACCCAACUGGGAUUCUGCAGCGUCUAUUUUAUGUUUAUGGCAGACAACUUGCAACAGAUGGUAGAAGAAGUCCACAUGACCUCCAGCAACUGCCAACCCAGGAAGAUCCUGGUGCUGACUCCCAUCCUGGACAUUCGCUUCUACAUGCUGACAAUCCUGCCCUUCCUGGUCCUGCUGGUGUUUAUCCAGAACCUCAGGUUGCUGUCCAUCUUCUCGAUGCUGGCCAACAUCACCACCCUGGGGAGCAUGGCUCUGAUCUUUGAGUAUAUCAUACAGGAGAUUCCAGAUCCCAGCAGCCUCCCCUUGAUGGCAAGCUGGAAGACCUUCUUACUGUUCUUUGGUACAGCCAUCUUCACCUUUGAAGGCGUCGGUAUGGUUCUGCCUCUCAAAAAUCAGAUGAAGCAUCCACAACAGUUUUCUUUUGUUCUGUACUUGGGGAUGUCCCUUAUCAUCAUCCUCUACAUCUGCCUGGGGACACUGGGCUACAUGAAGUUUGGGUCCAACACCCAAGCCAGCAUCACCCUCAACUUGCCCAAUUGCUGGCUGUACCAGUCAGUCAAGCUGAUGUACUCCGUCGGCAUCUUCUUCACCUACGCCCUCCAGUUCCAUGUCCCAGCCGAAAUCAUCAUCCCCUUCGUCAUCUCCCAGGUGUCAGAGAGCUGGACACUGUUAAUAGACCUGUCUGUCCGCACAGCCUUGGUCUGUCUGACCUGUGUCUCAGCCAUUCUCAUCCCCCGCCUGGACCUGGUCAUCUCUUUUGUGGGCUCUGUGAGCAGCAGUGCCCUGGCCCUCAUCAUCCCACCUCUCCUGGAGCUCAUCACCUUUUAUGCUGAAGACAUGAGCUGUGCCACCAUUGCAAAGGAUGUCAUGAUCGGCAUCCUGGGCCUUUUGGGGUGUGUAUUUGGAACAUACCAAGCCCUCUAUGAGUUGAUCCAACCCAUCAGCCAGUCCAUAACCAAUUCCACAGGUGUCUAUGCAUAA